CAGAAAUCCAGCAUACCUGUAGAACCCCUCCAUAGCCCAUCCUCCACUUUCUUUUUCGAAAUAUGGAGCUCUUAACAGCACUAUAUUUGCUUUGUUUCCUUUACCUUACAUACUACCUCUACAAGAUAGCCUUGCAGAGGACAAACCAAUGCUGUUACAUGCUAGGCUAUGAAUGUUACAAGGCCACGGAGGACAGAAAGUUAGACACAGAAUUAUGUGCCUCCAUCAUCUUGCGCAACAAAACUCUUGGCUUAGAAGAAUACAGAUUCCUCUUACAAACCAUUGUCAAUUCAGGCAUUGGUGAGAACACUUAUGCUCCCGACAAUGUCAUCCAGGGCAAAGAAGAGCGUCCUGAAUUAAUCGAUUCAUUAACCGAGAUGGAUCAAAUUUUCUUCAACACACUUGACAGUCUUUUUGCGAAGUCAGGGAUUUCUCCUCAAGAAAUCGACAUUCUUGUGGUGAACGUAUCUCUACUUUCUUGCGUGCCAUCUCUAGCAGCUCGAGUCAUAAACCGUUACAAGAUGAGGUGCGAUGUCAAGGCCUUUAAUCUCUCUGGCAUGGGGUGCAGUGCCAGCCUUGUUGCAAUUGAUCUAGUCCAGCACCUGUUCAAGUCUUACAAGAAUGCAUAUGCUAUUGUUGUGAGUACAGAAGCUUUGGGUGCAAACUGGUACUGUGGCAGGGAAAAAUCCAUGAUGCUGUCCAAUUGCUUAUUCCGCUCGGGUGGUUGUUCAAUGCUUUUCACCAAUAAUAAGGCCUUAAAGCAUCGAGCCAUCUUGAAGUUAAAAUAUAUGGUACGCACUCAUUAUGGAUCAAAUGAUGAAGCCUAUGAGUGCUGCAUCCAGGUGGAAGAUGGUCAAGGGUACAGAGGUUUUCGUCUCACGAAGAAACUUGUCAAAGCAGCAGCUCAGAGUUUCAUCAUCAAUCUGCGAGUGCUGGGUCCUAAAAUGCUCCCAUUAUGGGAAAUAAUAAGGUACAUCGUAGUAUCCUCCCAGCAGAGGAGGAAAUCCAAGAGUGCGUCACUUGAUCAAGGACUCAUGGCCGCAAUUCCGAAUUUGAAAACAGGUGCAGAUCACUUCUGCAUACAUCCUGGUGGAAAGGCAGUUAUAGAUGGGGUUGGCAAGAGUUUGGGGCUAACUGACUAUGAUCUUGAACCGGCCCGGAUGACGCUUCACCGCUAUGGUAACACUUCUGCUGGCGGCUUGUGGUAUGUUCUAGGUUACAUGGAAGCUAAGAAAAGACUCAAGAAAGGUGACCGGAUAAUAAUGAUAAGUUUUGGUGCUGGAUUUAAAUGUAACAAUUGUGUGUGGGAGGUAAUGAAAGAUAUGACGGAUCGCAAUGUUUGGGAAGAUUGCAUUGACGAGUACCCUCCAGAUUCUCUAGGCAAUCCUUUCAUGGAGAAGUAUGGAUGGAUCAAUGAUGCGGCACUGAGCUUCAUCAGAAUGGAAGAUUAUAGAUCAAUUUCUUGAUUUUCAAGAGAGCUUCUUUACCCCACUGCUCCCAUUUUCCUAGUCCCUCCUUAAAUUUAUGUUACCUCCGCAAUUCUCAAAUCUCAACGAGGAUGAGAUGUCCUAAAAUUCUCCUUGAAGGGCCUGGCAGAAUUGUUGUUGAGCACCAAAGAAAGUCCAGCUUAGUGUUUGUGUGGGAUUUGUUUCCCAGAAUCUUCGUUUCUUGAUACCAUAUACUAUAUUGUCAUUCCUGUUGUUCAAUUGUGUCAAUCUCUCGCAUUAAUCAAUAAAAGUUUACCCUUAAGUGGAAAAUUCAAGCAA